UGCAGAUGAACAACAUAUGGAAAAUUCAAUUUUGCUUUAACCAAUUACCGCGAAUUCUCGUAUAGUUGCUGGUAAUCAAUAGUAUAUGCCCGUUGCUUCAGAAUUCAGCUCUGUUUUGCUAGAGGCAAUAUGCCUACAAACAAGUGAGCUGAGAAGCUUGUAAUCUGUAUGCGCAACUAGAGAGCCAAGUGAAUCAUAAGCAAUAUGUCCAUCAGACCACUUUAGCACUUUCGAAUAAUAAGUGAUACUUGUAGCGGUGUAGCCUGUGGACGUUAGGUGGCUCAAGGCUGCAAAAUAGGUGCUUCGAAUAUCUAUUACUAUCUACUAAAUUGAAGUUGGUGGUGAUGGUACCAUCGUCACGGUUGCCACCAUGAGUUAACUUCAUUAAAAAUUACAAGCAAUAUGACACUGCCCGUUAUUUUCUUUUCCUCAAGAUCAAAACAAGCAUCAUUGCAUGAUCCACCGCUUCUCCUGGCCGCACCACUGCCGCCUCUACCUCUCCCACGUCGCCGCCUACUGCGACGACAACCAGCAGCAGCCGCCGCUGCUCCGCCUCCCUUCUUCCUCUGCCGCCGCGGGCUCGAGGUCCGGCGCCGAUGACUCCCUCUCGGACUCCCUCCGCGGCCUCUCGCUCCGCAUCUCCGUGGACGCGUCCCACGAGCCCAACGCCGCCGACUCCGCCGCCACCAUCAUGGACACGCUCCGCCACCGCCCGGCCUCUGACAAGCAGGUCCCGCCCAGGGGGAACUCUGCCAGCAGGCCCAUGGGCUUCGCGCCUGGCACGAGGCAGAGCCUGCUCGUCCUCGCCGUCGACUGCUACGGGGAAGACGGGAAGCCGGAUCUCGAGCGGCUAAAGGAAGCCAUAGAUCUGGCCAUGUCGACGGCCGGCGAUGGCGCCGGCGGGCGGACGGGGUUCGUACUGUCAACCGGCAUGACGAUCCCGGAGGCUACGGACGCACUCAGGGCCUGUGGCGUCGACCCCGCUGCCUUCGACGCCAUGGUCUGUAGCAGCGGGGCCGAGAUCUGCUACCCGUGGAAGGAGCUCGCAGCCAACGAGGAGUACGCCGGACACGUGGCGUUCCGGUGGCCCGGAGAGAGUUUGUGAUUUUGUUGACCCGUAGCAACGCGCGGGCACACCUGCAUCUAGCGGCCCAGCGCCCCCUGCCCUCUUCGCUCCUCCGGUGCUCCCGAUCUG